UAGGGUAUCAGUGUAGAGCCAGAAGUGGGCUGCCCACUGCAAGGUAAUCUUCAGCAGACGGCAGUCUAUGCCAUCGACUCGGUGGAGCACAAUGUGGAAGAGCCUGGGACUCGGUUGCGGUAUACUUUCCCUUGUCGCCUUCAUCUCCUGCUUCGUGGCGCUGCACAUGCUCAACCAGAUUAUUCACAUCGAACUGGACGCCUCCGUUGACGUGACCAUGCAAUUGGAGGCCGCGAAAGAUUUGGACGUGCGCUGCCAUGGAACCCUCAUCGUGGGCAAUCCGGAUGCAGCGCAUCUUAGCCGGCAGGAGCUAUCGCACUUGCGCUGGACAGUGGUGUUUACGCUGCUCUACUCCUUCGCCACCACGCUCCUCAUCCGGGCCAAGUACCUGGGCAACUUUGAGAUCAGCCUGGUCACCGCCAAUGUGAUGAUGCUGAAGGGAUCCCUGCUAUCGGUGCUCCUGGUGAUGGUCACCGUUGCUCUCCAUCAGCGUGAACCAUUCACGGAUGUGCGGUGCAACCAGUUGGUUGUCUACCACUUGUACUACAUCGCAAUCGCCACCGGCAUCUCAGUGGUGUUCUACCUGGCCCAUUCCAUCCAGGAGCUGCUCCUGCAUUGUUUACAGCCGACGUUGAAUUACUAAGUAUCGUAUCUCCAUAAUCAAGGUUUUAUGAAAAAGAAAAACCCAUCGAUAUAUGCAGCUACUCCUCAUCGAAUCAAUAAAAAUGCGCUUGGGUUUUAUG